AUGGCAUCCGCUUUGAAAUUUCCCGACCCGUUUAAUUUUACGUCGUCGAACUUAUCGCUGGAGUGGUCCCAAUGGAGGCGACAGUUCGAGUGGUUUAUCAUGGCCACACGCAAAGCCGAGAAAGAUGAAGAAGUAAUUGUAGGUGUGUUGCUGUCGCUACUCGGUCGUGAAGGAUUGAAAAUUUACGAAACUUUUACGUUCGCAGACCCUCUCGACGCCAAGAAGAUUGCUGAGGUACUCGACUCAUUCACCGACUAUUUUGAGCCUCUGAAGAGUGAGGUGUUCGACCGUUUCUGCUUCCACAAGCGUGUACAAAAACCAGGCGAGUCGUUCGACGCGUGGCUCGUGGAUUUGCGGAGUAUGGUUAAAACGUGUAACUAUGGGACUGAGGCCGUAGUCAAAUCGGUGUUGCGUGAUCAAAUUGUGUUGGGAGUCGUGAACGAUAACGUUCGCGAAAAACUACUGUUCGAGAGUGGUCUAUCGUUGCAAAGUGCGUGUGCUAUAGUCCGGGCGUGUGAGGCGUCGUCUAUGCAACUCGGACAAAUUUCUACACGUGCUGAGGCCCAGGUUCAUGGUCUGAGGGACAAAGCGGCGAAAGAACACGCGCCAGCCCAAUCAAGUAAGCCUCGACACGGAGGUGAUGAGGUGAACAGUUGCGUCAAUUGUGGCAGACGACACAGAAAAAAUCAAUGCCCCGCGGCCGGCAUCACGUGUUUUGCGUGCGGAAAGUUGGGUCAUUACUCCAGGCGAUGCUCGGCGUCCAACGGACAACAACGACGAGGUUGGGUAAACGACCGUCAGAUGGCGCCACCAACGGGACAAAAUACGGCCACGCCACAACACCGACCAGCACAGCGCGGCACGUUUAUGCAGCAUCAGCUACAUUCCCUGGAGGGCGCAGGGGCGGUUUGCCAAGAAGAAGCACGAUUCAUGGACGAAGAAUAUGUUAUGCAUGAACUGAGGUCCUCUAGCGGUGGAGAGGAGUGGCACGAGGAGUUGUCGGUGGAUGGCAGCGUUCCCAUACGCUUUAAGUUGGAAUCCGGUGCCACCUGCAACGUCCUUCCAUUGGAAUCGUACAAGCGUGUACACAAGUCUAGUACAGUGCGGACCCCUGGACCACGAAUACGUAAUUAUGGCGCGAGAGGAGGUUAUCUUAAUGUUCUGGGUGUGCUAACGAGUGCAAUCGUCCGUCGUGGAGUGGCAUACACCGUAAAGUUCGUAGUCGUCGACGAACCCGGACAACCGCCGAUCUUGGGCCUACCGACGUGCCAGCACAUGCAGCUCAUCCAGAGAGUUCACUCCAUAACGCAAGACCAGCUGAAAGACGUACCGCCGAUUGUGUCAGAGUUCAAAGACAUUUUCACUGGGAUCGGCAAACUCCCCGUUGAACACGACAUUCGCUUGACGACUGGUGCGAAUUACGUCGACCCGGUAGUGUGUGCCGCCAGCCGGUUGCCAUUCCGGUUGGAGGAGAAAGUGUUUAAAAAACUAGACCAAAUGGUGAAAGACGACAUAAUAGUUCCGGUAGUAGAGCCAACGGAGUGGGUGAGCAGGAUGCUGGUAGUGGGCAAACCGGAUGGAGACGUUAGGAUCUGCCUAGACCCGUCGGAGCUCAACAAAGCAAUUCUACGUCAACAUUUUUCCGUCCCGACAAUCGAACAGCUGUUCGGAAAAAUUGGAAAGGCAAAAUACUUUUGCAGCCUGGAUGCCGCCUCUGGUUUUUACCAAAUUCCGCUCUCGGAUCGUGCGUCAUAUUUAUGCACCAUGGCCACUCCCAAAGGUCGCUACAGGUAUCUUCGUCUAUCCUUUGGAAUUAAGUCGGCCCUGGAAGUAUACCUACAAGUGAUGUCCGACCUGUUCGGCGACCUCCAGGGGGUGAUCGUCUAUUUCGACGACUUCCUAGUGACUGGAAAAACGAUUGAAGAGUUGGACGCGAUCUUACGGCAGGUAUUUGUGAGAUGCCGGGAAAACAAUCUUAAAUUGCAGCUUAAAAAGUGUCGAUUCUUCCUUAACCAGUUGCCGUGGUUGGGACACAUAAUCGGACAGGGCACGCUCAGCCCAGACCCGGAAAAAGUGGAGGCAAUUGUCAAUAUGCCUGAUCCUACCGACAAAACCAGUCUAACUCGCCUGUUGGGAAUGGUGACUUACCUUGACAAAUUCUGUAAAAAUCUUGCAGCACUAACACGGCCUCUUCGCGACAUGUUAAAGAAGGAUGUGGCCUGGUUCUGGGACAGUCAACAACGGAAAGCCCUGUCGGAGCUCAGAAACGCAAUGUCGUCCCUGCCAACUCUUCGCCUGUUUGACGUCAACCGCCCCGUCGUCGUCUCCGUUGACGCGUCGCCAAUAGGGAUAGGAGCAGUUUUAAUGCAAGAAGGACAGCCGGUGGCGUUCUCGUCCACGACGCUAACGGUCACCCAGAAGAGAUAUUGCCAAAUCGAAAAGGAAUUGUUGGCCGUCCAGUUCGGCCUUACCCGUUUUCGACAGUACGUGUACGGUCAGUGUUUGACUGUAGAGUCCGAUCACAAGCCACUAGUCGGCUUAUUAGACAAGCCCAUAGCGUCGUGUUCUCCCAGAAUUCAACGAAUGAGGUUGCAGCUGCAACGAUUUGAUUUUCAGUUGGUGUACAAACCGGGUAAAGAACUUUUUAUUGCCGACACCCUCAGCCGAGCACCGUCCCUACGUGUGUAUAGUGACGACGUCACCACCGAGUGCGAGGAACAAGUACACCAUGUCAUCAACAGUGUAGCGCCAAUGGAAUCAACCCAUCAGAGAUACGCGAGAGCCACUUCAGAAGACCCUAUACUCCAACUGUUGCAAUCAGUCAUGCUGGCGGGUUGGCCAGAACAUAGAAGCCAGUGUCCUGCAGCGAUCAAGCCGUUUUGGCCGGUUCGAAGUGACUUGGCGGUAGUCGACGGCGUUGUUCUGUUGGGGUCCAGACUGGUGGUACCAGUAGCCCUAAGACGCGAAGCGAUGGAUGGCGUCCACGAUGGCCACUUCGGAGAGACAAAAAGUGUGCUGCGGGCCAAGUCUUCUGUCUAUUGGCCGGGUUGGGAGGACCACAUCCGAAAUGUGGUAGCCAGUUGUCCCGUUUGUCAGGAAAACAGACCGAAAAAUCCCAGACUGCCCCUGUUUCCGGUCUGGAUUCCGGAAUACGCGUUUCAGUUGGUCUCGGCGGACCUUUUUGAGUUCAAUAACGUGAACUAA